CUUUUGUUCAUUGUGUUGUAGAGGCAGACAGAAUUGUUCAUUUCUUUGAAAUUUAUCAAUGUGUCAAUUAAAAUUAGUUGAUCGUUAAUAUUUUUGGAAGUUUUUUUUUAAUUUCCAUGAUAUUAUUUUGAAAUCUUUAAUUUGUAAAUCUUGUUUAAAAAUGUGUAAAUGCUGCAUUUCUCAGUUCCUAUGUUGUUGUGGACCAGAGUCAUGUGGUUUGUGCUGUUCAUUCUUGCCAUCCAUCAAGCAAUCGACCAGCACGAGACUCAUGUAUGCAUUCUUCCUUCUCAUGGCUACCAUCCUGUCUUGUCUCAUGCUGACUAAUGAAGCCCAGAUGUUCAUUACUUCCAAUAUUCAACAUUUCAACUACACAUGCACUUUCCUGAAUGCUGGUCAUGAAUGUGACAAGUUGGUUGGUUACCUGGCUGUCUACAGGAUUGCAUUUGCCAUGGUUGCUUUCCAUGCUUUCAUGUUGCUUGCUACAUGCUUUAUUUAUGAUAGCAAUAACUUCAGGGCCAAUUUGCAUAAUGGGUUUUGGGGCAUGAAGGUAGUUGUACUCAUUGCCGUCUGCUUGGCUACAUUUUUUAUCCCUAGAGAUGAACUCUUUAGCACUGUUUGGAUGUACAUAGGCAUGGUUGGUGGGACUUUGUUCAUCAUAUUUCAGCUCAUGUUGCUUGUUGAUUUCGCCUAUAGAUGGCAUUGCAGAUGGAAUCAUUAUGCAAGAGGAACAGAGAAGCAUGGACCAAACAAAAGAUGGCUUUGUGCUUUGUAUUUCUUUGGAACACUGUUUCUUGUGCUGAUGUGUUCAUCCUGUGUUCUCUUGUUCGUUUUCUACACGAGACAUGAAGAGUGCCUCGAGAACAAAGUCUUCAUCCUGCUCAACUCAUCUCUUUGCCUUCUUAUGUGCGUUGUCUCCAUGCUUUCUUGCACUAAGAAAGUGAACUGCAAUUCAGGAUUGUUGCAAGCAGCAAUUAUAGGCCUCUAUGUCAUGUACCUUACCUGGCUUGCUCUUGCUAGCGAACCUGCCAAGCAGUUGUACGAUCCGGAGACUGAUUCAUUUUUCAUUUCAUUCUGGAGGAAAGCAUCAGGCUUUGUUGGUGCUGCAUUCAUGUUUCUCAUGGCAAUCUAUGGAAGUUUGAUGUUGUCAAAGAAAUCUGACAGGCUGGGUGUUGUCGUGUCAAAUGACUCUGUUAAGAACCAAACCACACCAUGCAGCUUUUGUCUUUUUAAUCUUUCUCAGUCUAAUUUUAAUCACCCGGAAAACAGAGGUGGACAGAAGGUGUUGUAUGAUGAGUUUGAGAGAGUUCUUUACAGCUAUUCAUUCUUCCAUUUCAUUUACAUCCUCGCCACAUUGUACAUCAUGAUGCAGCUGACCAUGUGGAACAAUCCCAAAGAAUCAGUAUUGAACACGUUUGGAUUGAACUGGACCUCCGUUUGGAUCAAAAUGGCCACGAGUUGGGUCUGUGUCCUUAUUUUUCUCUGGACAGUAUUCUUUCCAACAUGUGUUCCAGGUAGGAAGUACAUUUACGAACAGCAUGCAGACUGCCACACAAAGCAAAGACCUAAAAAGGGCACACUAGUAUAAAGCACCAAAGCAAGGAAGUAUUAUUAAUGUUGCUAUUUGUCAUGACUUAUGUUUCAGUUAGGAAAGAAUAUUUAAUUUUUAUUUAAUGUAUUUAACAUCAUGCAUCCUGUUUGCUUUGUAGUCAUUUAAUUUGUUCUAUUUUUAACAUGUUAUUUCGUUUCAUUUUUUAAUGCGACCACUUUUGAGAUGAUUUUUUUAUUGCACAAAAAUCAAAUUGUUCAUUCAGUUGAAAAAGAGCUAAACGUUAUUUCGUUUUAAUGUCUAAUAAUUUUAUGGAUCAUACAUUUUAUUCCUUACGAACAAUGCUGUUAUGUUUGCUGCUAUUGUUAUAUUUUCUGUUUUUCUUACUCAGUUUAAAUGCUUAAUAACAUUCUUCUGCUUGCUCCGCCUCUGAUUUAGACCUUUUCUAUCUUACAAUCCUAUGCAAUUUUUCCAAAAUGUUUACCACUAAUGAUGAAAUUGAAGACCUGCCUAUCUACCUCAACCCAACACUUAUCUAUCUUGUUGAGAACCUAUGAUACUUGGCCACGCAUCCCUUAUUACUUAACAGUUGUAUAUCACAAUGAUGUUUCUCCGUGUAUACUAUUUAAUGAAUUCAACUUUUUUUACUGUAAUUUUAUAAACUUUUUUUCGACAAUCCUGUUGUGAGUUUUCAUGUUUAUUGAAACUAAUACAAAAAUAUUACCAUACAUGCUACUAUUGUUAAAACUAUUUUCGUGAAUAUUAUAGAUAAAUAUAUACAUAUAAUUUUACUGUCCUUGAACGAUCAUUGAGAAUAGAAAUGGAAAGUAGAAUUAAAAUCUUUACAACUUUCAAAACAUUUGAUGCAGAGAAUGUCAACUAGCUAAUUAUUAAUAAUUAAAAAAUUCAAAUUGACGGAAUCAAAAUAAUACCAUGAAGGCACGCAUCCUAAAUAAAAGUGAUUGACAGGUUGUGCUAUUAGUUCGAUUUGCAGUAUUUUUUAGUAUUUAUCCUUCACUAAUCAUUCAAAUUAAAUACAUAAAUCGGGGGUGCGCAAACUUUUUGCUGUGAGGGCCGCAUUGAGAACUAUUUUACCUUUGAAGGGCCACAUGCACUUGGAAUAGCAAAUUUUUUCGACCCGGGAAAAGGAGAAUUUUUGUGGCUUCUUUUUUGGUCACGUCUGGCUGACGACCUUUUUUGGCCUCGUGUGGUCCCGCAUGAAAUAGUUUCACAGUGGACUGUAGUUUGCCCACCAUUGACAUAAAUAAAUAAAUGACCAUUCAUUCACGUAAAAUCCCAAUUUUACAUUUAACAUUAAUGGGGUUUGUUAAAAUUACAUACAUAAAUUUGUAGUCUUUAUCAUUUGCCAUGUUUAUGCAGUUACAUACUUAGAUAGAAUAUGACAUACUCAACAUACACACAUAAGACAUGAAAAUAUUUUGGAUUUAAUAGAAUAUCUAAUUAGAACAUUUUAAAAUCUCGGAAUUUGAUCAAGUGAGAGAAUUAUAAAAAAAUUAAUUUACUUUAUAACUAAAGGUGAUCAGUUAAAAUUAUUUAAUUUUUUAAAAUGUUUCAUAUGGAAUUCAAUGCUGCAAUUAUAGAUGGUGACUGAUUACCAUUAAAAAACAUUUAGAAUGGUCUGUAAGGUACAUCCCUAUUCUUGCGCUUCUGAACAAACUUGCAGCCAAGGAAUAUCAUCACACAAAUUGAUAACCCAAGUACGAUUCCACCAAAAAACGAC